AUGCGACUAACACAAUUCGGUGCUACCAUGCUCGUCUGUUUGGCGGGGAUCCUUGCGGUGCCCACCAAAACAACAGGAGAACUUGCCCCCCGAGCGUUCGCUUCAGGAUCAACGACAUGCUACAGUCAAUGUCCAAGCUCGGUUGACGGAUAUGCUUUAGAGGCUAUGUACUAUAAUACGGAUUACUUUUCGCAGACCAAUUAUCACCAGUGCUACUAUGGAGAAAUAUCGUGCAACUAUUAUGACGAUGGUUCGGUUUUCUCACAAUGGGGGACUGAAAAUUGCCCGACACAGGCUCCUUCAGGUGGUUGUGGCGCGACCAAUCCGGAUUCGAGUACCUAUUUCAAACGUAGAAGCGUGGCUCGGCCUAAGACCAACGCUGAAAGGAUCAUUCAAGCAAGGCAAUAUAAACCUAAAAAAGACUGA